UCUUUUUAUGAUUUGAAUUUAGAAACAAUCUUUAGUGUUGAUAAUAAUAAAAAAAGUUACGACUUUGGGCUGUCGAUGUGGAAUUCAUUGAUUCUAUCAAAAAAUGUUUUGUACACUUUUAACUCUACAAAUAAUCAAAUAUUGACAAUAAAUGAAUUCAAAAUGUCAAGUGGAUUUUCAGUCUAUUUUGAUGUGGAAACAGUUAUCAAAAGUUUAACGAUAACUUCAAAAGGAAAUUACACAUUUAACAAACCAGUCACAAUCGUAACUUUCACUUUCAUUGAUAUUGUAAAAAAUCAAAUUCUCUUCUACAUUAAUUCAACUUAUGAUAAUCAUAUUCCAACGCCACUCACAGUAUGUGGGAAUCGAGUCAUUCACAAAGAUUAUUUAAACACUCUUUGUGAUUGUGAAUACAACGAAAAUGAAACUUUCACUUUUCGAGGUGAAACCAUGACCGACUGCACAAAAAACCCACGCACUAACUUGAAAUUGAUUGUUGGACAUAACAAUUAUUCAAUACAAAACAACGAAAACUGGGGAGUUAUUAAUUGUUCUGAUAAAGUUGUGAUAUCUUCCACAAGCAACAAUGUUAAUAUCGAUUCAAAUCAUUGCCUGUUCAACGAAAUUGUUCAUUUACAAGCAAAUGUUAUUUGUAACAAUUUGUUUGUGUACAACACAACACAAAUUAUAGUUGACAACUUCACUUCAAAUCAAUAUUAUUUGCAACUAACAACUGUUAACAUAGUUGAAGAGAUUUCUGGAAUUAAUCAAAAUGGAAUUAUACAAAUAAAAGGCGGCAAACUAUCAUCACAUUAUUCAAAUCAAAACAUUUCAUUGAUUUUUCCUGUAAGUGGAAGUACAACAAAGUGCAUUGACUUUAUCUCGUCCUCAACACCACUGAAUGAUUUUCCAUUUGAAGUCAAAUCAACAAAAAUGUUAUUAGGGAAUAAACUGUAUCGUGUUUGUUAUGGAGGGGACAACAAUUUUGAUUACACAAUUCGAUGCAAUUUAACAGGAAGUGUUUUUUCAAAAUUUCAAAGUUACCAAGAUGAGGUGUUGCAUUGUCCUAUUAAUAACAUCAAUACAACUAUUAUUGUAUCAACCAAUGUAGUUGAUUUGAAUGAGUCGUUUUCUGGUACUUUUGAUCAACAAGAAACAGUGACAAAGUUCAAUUUUGAAAUUACAUCAAAUUAUAACUUCAACGACUCUACAAAAACCGUUUUAUUUAUUCAAGACGAGUCUGUGGAACAAAACAAUUUUAACAUCCAAACGAAUUUAGAAAAGCUGUUGCUUGGAAAUAAAUACAAGUUUUCAAAUACAAUAGAUUCAAAUAAGUUAAAAAGUGACAAUAAAUACACUUCUAUUGAAUAUAAUUCGUCUAAUAAGUGCAAUUCGUUAUUAUUAACUAAUUUAAAUUUAAAGUGCUUGCAUUGUGAUCAGUCAACUGUUUUAAACAAUGGAGAAUGUCUUGAUUUCAGUGAAAAAUGCGUCUCUCGACAACGAAAUGGAACAACCACAUAUUGUGAAGAGUGUGAAAGUGGGUUUGAACCUUACAAAGAAAAAUGUAAUAAAUGUCCUAAUCACUGUCUUCGUUGUUUUAAGUCGAAUUGUUUGCUUUGCAAAGUAAAUUAUCAAAUCAACUCGUUGUUUGGAUGCUCAGAAAUUGAAAAUAAAGAUUCCACAAUAGUUUUUUAUAAUACAUCACGUGUUUACAAAUGUAAAGAAGGGUAUUAUAAUACAAACAGUGAUUGUACAAGUGUGCUCACAAAAUGUGUAUCUUAUGCACAAGAAACCAAAUGCAAAAUAUGCAAAUCAAAUGAAUUCUUAAACUCAGAAGAGACUUGUUCGACACUAAGUGGAGUUAUAACAACAAACAACAAAGUUCCUCUUAUUUGUGAGCCCUCUUAUUAUUUAAUUAACAACACGUGUAAAUUAUGUAAUGAGACUUUUGGUAAUUUGUGUCAAAGAUGCACGAAACACAGUUGUGUUUCUUGUGGAUUAACAGGUGUUGUUAAUUCUAAGGGAUCAUGUGAAUCAGUCAAUUCCAGUAGGUGUAUCGAAAGUUAUAAUACGUAUUGUAGUGGCUGUUCAGACAAAUCCGAUUUCAUCAAAGAUGAUGUUUGCAUUCAAAAUAUCAACAAUUGUGAUGUUACAAAUUUGAAUGGCAAAUGUGUGAAUUGUGUGAAUGGGUUUUAUCUUGAUUAUAAUACACAAACGUGUGUCUCCACACAGCAAACAGUGAACGAUUGCGAGAAUUUGUAUUUCAAAGGCGAUCGUUGUGUUCAGUGCAAAUCGACGUUUUAUCUCACCGAAAAUUACGCAUGUUUAAAAUGUUCUGAAAAUUGUUUAUCAUGCACUUCCAGUACAAAUUGCAUAUUAUGCGACAACAAUUUGAUAGUCAAGAAUGGGUUCUGUGUUUCGGGAUCCAAUGUGUCAGACAACUGCAGCAAAGUGGUGACAGGCACUUCGAUCUGUGCUCUCUGUGUUUCGAAGACGUUUAGAAACGAAGAUGGAAAGUGUGAAAAUUGCUUGGAGAAUUGUGUUGAAUGUCGAAAUAUCAAAACGUGUACGUUUUGUGAGUUGAACCACUUUUUACUUACAAAUUCAAGUGCUUGUAUUUCCUAUGAUAAUAUAAUGAAAUGUGAAGACAAAAGUGUUCGUGGGUGUAUAAAGUGUUCCUUUGGUUAUUUUAUUGAAAAUCAAUUUUGUUCUUCUUGUGACUCCAAAACGACAAAUUGUGAAAUUUGCAAUUCUGUAGGGAAGUGCACUUCGUGUAAAAACGACUUUAUUCUUAAUGAAUCAUCUGAAUGUGUAUCAAAGAGUCAAGUGGAUAAUUGCGUUGAAGUCUCAAAUUCUAAAUGUACCAAAUGUACUUUUUGGCAUGUUCCAGACAACACAAAGACGAAAUGUAUAACCCAAGCCGUAUGGUGGGUCAUUCUUUUAUGUGUUCUGUUUGUUAUAUUCAUUUUCAUUAUUAUCAUUGCAUCGUCCAUCUUCAUUUUCAUUGCAAUUUUGAACCACCGCAAGACAGAAAAAUUGCGAGAGAAGUAUUGUUUAUUUGAUAUGAAGAAAACGAACAUCGAAUUUGUCAAAACCGAAAUAGUUGAUAUUGUUGUCAACAAGACGUGUAUCGAAUUCUGUGGAGCGACAGAAGAGACAACUAAAAUACCAGUUGCCACUGAAAGUCGUGAAUUGAUUUGUGUUGGAAAUGUCGGUAAAAAUGUCAUCAAAGUGCAAUUCAGUUUGAAAGAUAAUUGCACAAAAUACUCAAUUCGAACUGAACCCAAAAUCAUGACAAUCCCAAAAGGAAAAGCAAUCGAAUUUGAAGUCUUCUUAACACCGAAUUACUCGUGUAUAAUAGAAGACAAAAUCGUAUUGGUCUCUGCUAAUUUAAAAAAGGGAGAAACGUCACAACUUUACUUAGAAACAAAGACGGAGACGGAGAUGUCAACUCGAUUGGACCCAGACGAGUUGAUUGAAGAGAAAAAGUUGGGUGAAGGUUCAUUUGGUGUUGUUUACAAAGGCAAAUUCCGAGGUAACGAAGUCGCAAUUAAAAAGAUGAAAGAGUUUGGAAAUGACGAAACAAAAGUAAACGAAAUUGAGAAGGAAGUUUCGAUGUUAGACAAGUUCAGAAGUGAUUAUAUUGUUUACUUCUAUGGCGCUGUCUUUGUACCAAAUAAGAUCUGUAUGGUCACUGAAUUUGCACAAUUUGGAAGUCUUCAAGACUUGAUGAAACACAAAACUUCGAAUGAAAUUGACAUGAAGUUAAGAGUGAAAAUUUGUCUCGACGCUGCAAAAGGAAUUUUGUAUUUACACGAAAAUGGAAUUUUACAUAGAGACAUCAAGCCAGACAAUUUUUUGGUCUUUUCAUUAGAAAAUGCAAUUGAUGUGAAUGCCAAAUUGACUGAUUUUGGAUCGUCGAGAAAUGUCAAUAUGUUGAUGACUAACAUGACAUUCACUAAAGGUAUUGGUACACCAACUUAUAUGGCACCCGAAGUUUUGAAGAAAGAAAAGUAUAAAAAGAGUGCUGACAUUUAUUCAUUUGGAGUAACAUUUUAUGAAACAUUAAAGUGGGGAGAAGCGUAUGACAAAGAGGAAUUCAAAUUUCCCUGGAAAAUAGCCGAGUUUGUGAUUUCGGGAAAAAGACUUGAUAAAGAGGAAAAUAUGAAUGAAAAACAUUUCAAAUUGAUACAAAAUUGUUGGAACCAAAGACCAGAAGAUAGACCACAUAUUGAUGAAGUAAUAAAAAGUGUGGAAACUAUUUAA